CACCAACGUCACGUGACGACAUUUUCGCGCCAAAAAAAGCGCGGGAAAGCGGCGGCCUGGUCGGCGAGUUCAGAGAUCGGUUUACUUUUUGUGGCGCGGAGCAUCCAUUCGCUCGCUAAACUAAACAAGCCAAGCGCUGUUCAUUGCAAAGAGAUGGCGCCUAAAGACUACGCUGCUGAGAAAGAUAACUGCAAAAAGUUCCUGCAAGAGUUUUACAAGGAUGAUGGUCUGGGCAAGAAGCAAUUCAAGUAUGGUGAGCAGCUGGUGCAUCUGGCUCAGCGCGAGCAGGUGUCUCUCUGCAUCGACCUGGAUGACCUUGCGGAGUUGGAGCCUGAGCUGGCUGAGCGCGUCGUGGAAAACGCGCGCCGCUACGCCGCGCUCUUCGCGGACGCUGUGAGCGAGCUGCUGCCCGAGUACCGCCAGGGAGAGCCAGUGCAGAAGGACGCGCUGGACGUUUACAUCGAGCACCGGCUCAUGCUGCAGAACCGGCAUGGGGACGCGGAUGCACACGACCCCAAGAACCAGUACCCACCGGAGCUCAUGCGGCGCUUUGAGCUGUACUUCAAGGCGCCUGGCACGUUGAAGCCGCUGAGCGUGCGCGAUGUGAAGGCCAACAGCAUCGGAAGGCUCGUGACGGUGCGCGGCGUGGUGACACGCGCCACCGAGGUCAAGCCCAUGAUGGUGGUGGCCACCUACACCUGCGACCAGUGUGGCGCCGAGACCUACCAACCGAUCGCGUCCACCUCCUUCAUGCCGCUGGCGCUGUGCCCAAGCCGCGACUGCCAGACCAACAAGUCCGGCGGACGACUCUACCUGCAGAGCCGCGGCUCCAAGUUCGUCAAGUUCCAGGAGCUCAAGAUACAGGAGCACAGCGACCAGGUUCCCGUGGGCUGCAUCCCGCGUGCCAUGACGGUGUGCGUGCGCGGAGAGAACACGCGUCUUGCUCAGCCCGGUGACCACAUCUCCAUUACCGGCAUCUUCCUCCCCGUACUCAAGCAGGGCUUCCGUGCCAUGCAGCAGGGGCUGCUGUCAGAGACGUUCCUGGAGGCGCACCGCGUCGUCAAGAUGAACAAGACCGAGGACAACGAGCUCGACGUGGAGGAGCUGUCGGAGAGCGAGCUGAGGCAGAUCACGGAGGAAGAUUUCUACGAGAAGUUGGCGGCAUCUAUCGCGCCCGAGAUCUACGGGCACGAGGACGUGAAGAAAGCGCUACUGCUGCUCCUCGUGGGUGGCGUCGACCGCUCCCCGCGCGGCAUGAAAAUCCGAGGGAAUAUCAACAUCUGCCUGAUGGGAGAUCCCGGUGUGGCCAAGUCGCAGCUGCUCUGUUACAUCGAUCGGCUCGCCCCCAGAAGCCAGUACACGACGGGGCGUGGCUCGUCGGGCGUGGGGCUGACGGCGGCCGUGCUGCAGGACCCACUCACGGGGGAGAUGACGCUGGAGGGCGGCGCUCUGGUCCUCGCCGACCACGGGGUCUGCUGCAUCGACGAGUUCGACAAGAUGGCCGACAGCGACCGCACCUCCAUCCACGAGGUCAUGGAGCAGCAGACCAUCUCCAUCGCCAAGGCUGGCAUCAUGACGAGCCUUAACGCGCGCUGCUCUAUCCUGGCGGCCGCUAACCCCGCGUACGGCCGCUACAACCCCAAGAAGUCGGUGGAGCAGAAUGUGCAGCUGCCCGCGGCGCUGCUCUCUCGCUUUGACCUCCUGUGGCUCAUCCAGGACAAGCCCGAUCGUGACAACGACAUCCGGUUGGCGCAGCACAUCACCUACGUGCACCAGCACUGCCACCAGCCGCCCUCCCAGCACACGCCACUCGACAUGAAGCUCAUGCGGCGCUACAUCGCCUUGUGCCAGCGGCGGCAGCCGGCCGUGCCCGACACGCUGGCGGACUACAUCACAGCGGCGUACGUGGAGAUGCGCAAAGAGGCGCGCGUGAGCAAGGACACGACGUUCACGUCCGCGCGCACGCUGCUCGCCAUCCUGCGACUGUCCACCGCGCUGGCUCGGCUGCGUCUGGUGGACGUGGUGGAGAAGGAGGAUGUGAACGAAGCCAUGCGACUCAUGGAGAUGAGCAAGGACUCGCUCAUCACCGACCGCGGGCAGCCGACCAGGACCCAGCGCCCAUCGGACGUCAUCUUCAGCCUCAUCCGAGAGCUGGCGCCGCCCGACGGCACGAACCGUCGCGUGCGCUACGCCGAGGCGCUGUCGCGAUGCGUGUCGCGGGGGUUCACGCCGGCGCAGGUUCACACUGCGCUCGACGAGUACGAGGAGCUGAACGUGUGGCACGUGAACCAAGCGCGCACCGCCAUCACCUUCGUGUGAACCCGCCCGUCCGCCUCAACAUUGACACACGUACACACACAACACAUACACUCUUAUGAUCGCAUAUAAAUAUGCGUGUAGUUGCCCGUGACCAAAAAAAAAUUGUGUAUUCACAUUGCCAAUCGCACAAUGUCUGUUUUAGCGUAUUUACAAAAAACUUAGAUUACACGUGAUCAGAGCAUUAAAACCUUGUUGCCACGAUGUAGUCUACCAUAACAAAUGGAAAAAAUAGGUAAUUUGUCAACUAUAAAUUAUGGAGGAGGUACAUCUUUAAUGCCCCUAUUAAAUACCACUUGCCAUUAAUAUCAACAUUCAGGAAUCGCAACCAGGUUUUCAAGAUCGUAGUGCAGUGCUUAAACCACUGCAACACCAAUCCCAAACACUCUUUUAACAAUUAUGUAAACAAAAGUUUGAUUCCAGGUCCCCAACUUUAUUCAUGAUAGUUUUGAAAUUGAUUAUGCUUAAGGAACUGGUUAUCAGUCUGGUGCAAUCUUCCGAGCAAAAAGAACGAUUAUACGGUGCCAAAGAAGUAUGUUGAACUUCUUUGGCACCGUAUGUAGCCAACCAUGCUAAUCGGAGGUGCGGGGGAUGGGGAACAACAAACUAAACACACAAUCACUUCAAAAUAAAUGGGUUUUCAAUCUAGAUUCAAAAGUGCAUAGCUCCAGUGACUUCCUAAUAUCAGUCGGCUACGUACGAUGCGAAAGAAGUUCAACAUACAUACAAGUACUGACUAAAAUCCUAAUCUGUAGUGUUAUUAACCCUGCCUUGCUCCAUGAUGGAACAUGCUUUGUAAGGUAAUGUGUGUAGGCUAAAAUGUGUACUUAACUUGUCAAUGUUGUACACGUUUACUUUUCACUAUAGGUUAGUUUUUCUACCCCAGUAUGUGUGAAUAAAAAUUGUUUGUGAUUCGCAUC